UUAUUUAUUUAUUUAUUUUUAAAAAAAAGGCAAACAAGGUAGUUGCAGAAAAACACCAUAGACAGGGGGACAAAGGAGAAGAGGAAGAAAAACCGAUAAGAAAAUAGAGGGAAAAAAAAAAGGAGAGAGAGAGAGAGAGAGAGAGAGAGAGAGAGAUAGAGAGCUUUAACUAACUUUGUUUAAUAUCGAAAAUGGCGAAGAACGAAGACCCACAAAGAGUUUCGUUUUCAGCACCGCAACAUCCUGCGCUGCCGCCAACGAGGCCGACGAUAGCUCUACCACCGCGUCCUUCCAUGGAGACCCUUUUCACCGGCGGAGCUGGAGCAAGUCCAGGUCCUAUGACCCUUGUUUCCAGCUUCUUCUCCGAUAACCAUCCAGAUUGGGAGUACAGGUCCUUUUCUCAGCUCCUCGCGGGAGCUAUAGCCUCCCCUAUGGCCGCCGCUGCCGCCAGACCACCCACAAGCUUCUUUACUGAUAAUACUCCUAAUGAUGGUGGUUCUUUGAAGGAAGGAGGUGUAGCAACGGUGGUGGUUGACAAGAAUUCAGGGUUUAAGCAGAGUAGACCCAUGAAUUUGGUGGUUGCUCGCUCUCCAUUGUUCACCGUACCACCUGGGUUAAGUCCCUCUGGCUUGCUCAAUUCACCUGGAUUCUUUUCUCCUCAGAGUCCCUUUGGAAUGUCACACCAGCAGGCAUUAGCACAGGUUACUGCUCAAGCUGCACUAGCCCAGUCUCAAUUGCAAUUGCAAGCUGAAUAUCACAAUUCCUUAGCAGCUGUUCCUACAGAGUCAAUGGCACAUGAUUCAUCAUUUAUAUCUAAUGAUGCUUCACAAGAACAGGCAGUACCCUCAACAAUUAACCCCAGAAGUUCCUUGAAGGAGACAACAGGGGUGUCUAUUUCUGAUAGGAAAUAUCAAUCUCCUCCCCUUGCCACUGAUAAAUCUGGAGAUGACGGCUACAAUUGGCGGAAAUACGGGCAGAAGCAGGUUAAGGGUAGUGAAUUUCCGCGAAGCUACUACAAAUGUACCCAUCCAAAUUGCCCUGUCAAAAAGAAGGUUGAACGUUCAACUCAGGGUCAAAUAACUGAGAUUAUCUACAAAGGACAGCAUAAUCAUGAACAGCCUCAAUCAAACAAGCGUGCCAAAGAUGCUGGCGAUCAGAAUGGAAAUGCAAAUUCUCAGGCUAAGCCAGAAAUUAGUUCACAAAACCGGGCUGGGCACGUGAACAGAACAAUUGAAACUGUACCUUCCCAGUUGGGGCUUGAGAGGGAUCAGGAAUUUACACAAACUGAUCCUUUGCAGGUACCAGGUUCUAGUGACAGUGAAGAAUUAGCUGACACAGAAGUUAGAGAGGAUGAGGGGGAUGCUGAUAAGCCAAAUGCGAAAAGAAGGAACGUAGAUGUUGGGACAACUGAGGUGGCUUUGUCACACAAGACAGUCACAGAACCAAAAAUCAUUGUGCAAACGAGAAGUGAAGUUGAUCUUCUGGAUGAUGGCUACAGAUGGCGCAAGUACGGGCAGAAAGUGGUAAAAGGGAAUCCUCAUCCAAGGAGCUAUUACAAAUGUACCAGUGCGGGAUGUAAUGUCCGUAAGCAUGUUGAGAGAGCUUCGACAGACCCAAAAGCUGUCAUCACUACCUAUGAGGGAAAACAUAACCAUGAUGUCCCAGCAGCUAGAAAUAGUAGCCACAACACAGCUAACAAUAACGGACAACAGUUAAAACCAGUCAGGGUUACGGCUGAGAAGCAUUCCUUACUCAAAGACCAGAGACCAGUACUUCUGCAGCUAAAAGAAGAACAAAUCAUUGUGUAAUGCGCUCUCUGUUGUGUAGCCAUAAGCUCAGUAGUUCAUUCCAACCGACUGACUUGACAUGGUGCAAAAAAAGAAAUGGACAGGUUUGUAAGUGGGUUUUGUAUUUGUAAUUCCUUUUUGUAAGGCAUGGAAUGCAUGUGUAAAUGGUUGAUAAGGAAUGAAUGAUGCUCCAUCUGUUCAUCAUGUACAUUUUAAAUUAAGAAAUGAUGUCACGUAAGAUUUGUUACUCCCACUUAAAUGGGACAGGAUUGCAACUAAUUAUCUCUAAAUGUAAUGUAAGUUGAGGAAUCGGAUAUUAUGGUUUUCACA